GACGGCAACGCGAUCGGGUGCGAUCCUCGAUCUCGAACAGGUCGCGCAUUGUGUGCCGAGCGUCAUGGACGCGGACGGUGCGCGUGUCGAGGAGACGCGAGUCGUUCGUGCGGACAGUCAUCGUUCGGCCCGUUGCUAAACGGACGCUCGUUCGACGCCGAGAUAUGCCUCGCGACAACGUGCCUGGCGCGACGAGAUGAUACCCUGUUACGGACUGCGCGACACGCCGGAAUUCUCGGGAUAGAUCGCGUAACGCGCGACGCAACGGCUCCGUGGGACGAUGAGCAAGAUGUCUUGGCUCGGUUGGUCGGCGGACAUCAAGAAGAGGGCCUGCAGGUACCUGCUGCAACGCUACCUCGGCCAGUUUCUGGAGGAGCUCACGCUGGACCAGCUGACCGUCGAUCUGUACAAUGGCACGGGACGGGUUGUCAACGUUAGCCUCGACGUACAGGCACUCAAUGAGAUGGGGGAGCAACAACAUCUUCCGUUGGAAUUUGUCGACGGUUUUAUAACAGAGAUAUCUCUCAGUAUACCAUGGUCGGCGUUACUUAGCCAAGCAAGUUAUGUGGAAGUCAAGGGUCUUAGACUCACGGUGCAACCGCGACAAAGAAUCGAAACGGGAACAUCGAUGUUCGAAUCUAUGUGGAGUUCCAUGACGUCCAGUAUGCAACUCGCUCAAGAAUGUCUGCAACAAGAUGCGGCCAAUGCGGGAAAUGCUCAGCCUUUAGAGGCGGUGGAAUUGUUUGCACAGACUAUAGAUUCAAUUUUAUCUAGGGUCAAAGUGAGAUUUAUCGAUACUGUGAUACGUUUGGAACAUGUACCUUUGAAUUCUUCGACGGGAGUAGCGAUUGAAGUGUGGAUACAGAAUCUUGAAUAUUCUGACGAAGCUGGAUUAGAUCCCAGUAGUACGUCUCUGGAUCCUGACGAAUCCACGAAAGGUUACAUCAUUUCAGCGUUCUCGACUAAGCGAUUUUAUAUGGAGGGAGUGACUUUUCAUACUGAUGAAUUUCCCUCUCGCGCAAGAACGUUUUCUAGAAGUAUGUUGGCUAGUACGUGCUCUACUCCCGAUUCUAAGAAUUCAGAUAGUCUGUUUAUCUCUGCACAAAUGUCUCCCACGCAGAGCAUUCUGCACACUCCUCCGGAAGGAAAUGCUGUUAACAACUCAAAUGAAUCAAAUCCUAUCAUGUUUGCUAAGCUAGCAGGUAGACAAGAAGUCAGAUUAAAAAUGAAACAAGGAGAAGGAAUAUCGGGACCAAAGGUAGAAUUGGAAAUUACCUUAGGAUCGCUUACUUUAUUCUUGAGUCCUAGGCAGCUUCAUGUUUUGUUAGAAUUAGCGCAUGGCCUAGCAUCACCAGAUCUAGAAGAUGUCAGCAACGUUGUUCCAAGAAGAUAUACGGAGAAACCUAUGGCUAGCAGUGAUUUUAAUCGUAUAGAACGCGAGCUUAUCCAUCAGACACAUCCUAUGCAAGAUUUAAAGACUACAGAUCUACGAUACGCUCAAGGAUGGUCUACAGGAUCGGUAGAUGAAUCUGAUAACGAAGAUGAAUUCCUGCCAAUGAAAUUACCAGGAUCCUCGUCGAUGUGUGACUCGAUUACGAGCAAUAAUUUUAGUAUGGAAGGCAGCAUAUCGACCAGCAGCAUUAGUUCAAAAAGUUCGACUACAAAUCUUCCGAGACAUAAUAGACACAGACAUAAUAUAGACAACGACACGUCCGCCGAGACUACCCAAUUUCAUAUAAGGGUAUCUUCCAUUGCUUUAGUUUUGUUGCAUGAAGAUAUAUUGACGCCAUGCGUGGAACAACUCGGUCUAACUUCUAGCAGUAUAAGACAAAUGAGAAACGCGUCAAAAGAAUUUUUCAGACAAUUAGGAACAUUUGCUAUGGGUGGCUAUGGAAGCAAAGAUUUUGAUCAAGCAUCAAAAUCGCUUACGGAGGCUUGUCGACUCAGUCAUAUUAGAUUAUUAGCUGCGCCUUUAGUGAUCGAAGGCAGUGAAAAAACUACGAAUCAGUACUCUGCGAUAUCGGGAAGUUUGUCUUUAGCUAGUUUGGAAGUUGUAGAAUGUUUGGUCGAUUCCAAUAACUCUACUUCGUAUAGAACACCAUCCAUGGAAUUUGUUGAGCUAUUGGCAUUCGUAAAAGAGAACACAACUAAUAUUGGAUUUUCCAAUAAAACUGAUUUUAGAAUGAGAUUUAAAUAUACACAAAAGGCUGUCCGACAUACUCACAUGACGAAGUUUGCACAUCCACGCACAGAAAUCGACAUCCAAAUGGAACCAUGUAGAGGAGAAAUAGACAUUACUAUUGUAGAUAGAAUAUCUGCUAUUCUUAAUCCGCAGCGAAUAUGCACUUAUAAUCCUGUAAUAAACGCUAGAAAUGCUAAUCAACAGACAUUAUUUGAUCAAGCUGUGGAUAGUGCAACACUGCCAGAUUCUAGAGUAGAUAUCAAAAUUUCUUCGUCGUCGUGUACAAUCAAAUUAAGAUUCCCAGUACCGGAUUUAAGACCAUUACACGAUAUGAGCCGUGCACCAUGGUGGAAGAGAUCCGUGAGAUCUGAUUAUAUGAUAAUGCAAAUGACAGACGCACAAGUUCAUUCCACUAUGGACAGCCGAUCUCACUAUGUAGCUAGGCACGAACUGCAAUGUCGACGGUUAUCAUUGCUGUACAUAGAAACCGAGGAUGAUACGCCAAUUGAAAUCGGUUUAGCCACAGCCGACGAAAAAAAUGAUACUGCGUCGUGUCAACAAAUCAGUGAUGAUCUUGGUUGGGCAAGAAUAGUAAUUAUUGUGUAUCCAGAACGUCUUGGUGCUCCGUUGGAAGAUAGUUCUGAAGAAGAAAUAGAGAAUGAUAAACGAAUUUUAGACGAUAGUUUGGAGAAAACCCCGAAACACGCGCCUUCCCCAUUUACUUCUAGACGAAUCAUGCGCGAAUCUGACACGAUUCAUUCCAAAUCUCACGAACAAGGUCAAAAAAGCGAGCAAAGUGACGGAGAGGAACUGAUUAUACCUGGCAACCGACAAGAAAUGUUAGAAUUCAUCGAAGAAGGCAUACAUGGUUCUAGAUUACAAUUGGAGAUCAAUCUACCUUGCGCUUCCGUCCAAAUACCGUCUAAACGCAUUUACGAACAACUCUACAAUCGAUUCAAUACCGAUUUGUUCUUGUGGGAAGCAUCGGCGCCCAGGCCCAAAUAUACCACUCAUAUAGAAAGUCACAUUGGCCUCGAUCUGGCAUCUACUCUCUUACAAGAAUCUACUUACCCUAAAUUCAGCAUGUGUAAAAGCGGAAUCCAGUAUAAUUCCGACUCCGACUCAAAUGAAGAAGGUAUAUACCAUUCUACGAACGAGAAGAAUCACAAAGAGGCACGAAUGUCUUCGAAAAGGGCACAGAGCAAAUUGGCAAUGACUUUAAGUAUCAAUCAAGGUCUUUUGUCUAUGUAUACUCCCGUGCGCGAUUCUAUGCGCAAUGUUAUACCCGGGCAGCAAGGAGAAUUGAUCAUUCGAUUAGAGGAUGCCACGAUAUUUUCCGUAACAGCAUAUAAGGGAAAUGCGAAUCUAAGCUACGCUUGCGCUAUGAUGAGGAGUGUGUCGCUGGAUCAUUGUGGUUUGACAACGAGCCCGUCGCAAAUGCCACCGUUAAGAUGUAUCAAUAGUGUUAGACCACGUUAUUGCGAGAAGACGAUAUAUCGCAGCGAAUCCGGCAGUAAUGUAGCAGCAAAUCCUAGUGACAAGGACAUGGUGACAGUUGCGGUGAGAAUACAAGCGGCUCAUCAGACGCAUCGUAUAAAGACCUUCCGAGUUGCGAUAGGUAUAAGCAAUGCUACAUUGAGGCACCGAAUGUGUUCCGCUGCUACUUCAUGGUUCACCGAGUUGAUGGAUUGCCUGGAUGUGGCAGAUCAUCCUGUCGCCGGUUACAUACCACCGGGCGUUUUGACUGAGCUACAUCUGCAUUUGUGGGAUUGCGUAAUCGACUACAGGCCGCUUCAUUUGCCGUUGAGAUCUAUCAUAACUCUUGGUAAUUUCAGCGUGUCAAGCAAUAUUACUGCGCAGACUAACACGUCAACGUUGCGUUUUAUCGCGGAGGAUGUUGCGCUCUUCAUAUCGGACAAGCUGCGCGAAAAGUCGGUGGAACUCAAACGGAAUUACGUGUGCGUGAUGAAUUUCGGCCUGUUCGAGUUAUCGCUGCGUCUGAAUGAAAGAAUGUAUGGCGGUGUGCCGCGAGUCGAUCUUCGGGCGAGCAACAACGUGUUGCAUGUACGCACGUGCUCGGAUUCCGGUCGCGCUCUUAUGCAACUGUUGACUUAUAUCGCCAAUGAUGGUGAUUUGCAACAGCCGAAUAGUGCGACCAAUAGUAGUACUGAGAGUAUCCCCACCGUGUCAACAACAACCACGAAAUACGAGGAGAAUCUCCUGGACGUCGAGAGCAUCAACACUCUUAGCAGAAGUCAGGUUGAACGAGUCUAUAGUCUAAUGGAGGACGCUUUAGAGGAGACCGUGAAGGGAACGACGAUUCAGAGUGGCAACGAAAGCGGGAAGAUACCGAUGACGGAAAAUCGAGUCGAGUUUUUCUUUCCUGAUGAUUCCUGUGCUGCCUCACGAGAGGCAGAAACGCGGAAAAGUUCGCAAGAAUGUAGUAAAACGAUCGCAUGCAGCGUAGAAGAUGACGACGACGACGAAUUUUGCAUCUUAGGAGAGGAAGCUGGUACGGGAAUAAUACCACGUUACGGAGUACCUGAGGUUCGAGCGUUGUGCCAAGAACCAUUGAGGAUAGUGGAUAAUCAUUUUUCCGUGCCGAUUGGCAAAACCGAUUUAUUACAGACUCCACCGAAUUAUCCCGCACCCGUAUUGAAAUACACCCUAUGUGAAAUGACACUUAUAUGGCAUAUGUAUGGUGGGAAUGAUUUCGACAGCUCUCAACCGCAAUCAGCAAAACAUGUAACCAUCAAUGACAAUGUUCGCAACAAUAUUACGCAUGGAAGGAGUAGGUCAGCUAUAGGUGCAGUAGGCUUCAACAAGUCUAGCCCGAACGAAGUACAUUUCGGCAGCGUGCCGAACUCGCCGCGUGCAACGAGAAGCAACGAAUCGUUGAUCGAUUGGCAUACGUUAGGUGGCCCGGGUCGACGACACGACGUGCUGAUGGAACUGCAAUUGAGCAAGGUUCGCUUCCAGCACGAGGUUUAUCCAGAAAAUACUCGGGAAGCGUCUAGGCAGGUGCUACUAGUGCACGAGAUCGAAGUAAGGGAUAGAUUGGCGUCGUCGCACAUAAACAAAUUCCUUUAUCAAUACAGCAGCGAAGCGAGACCUAGGCAGUCUCACUCUAUUAUGUUUACCAUGAAGGCAGUUCAUGUAAGGCCGGAUCCCAGAUUAAGUGCCCAAGAAUGUUGUUUGAAACUUAGUCUACUGCCACUGCGACUGAACAUAGACCAAGAUAGCCUACUGUUCUUAAUACAAUUUUUUAACGAACUAGGCGGUGGAUCGAAGCGAAGUCAAGAAAGCUCUAGUACACCUAAUAGUUCGCAAUCCACCCCGGUAUCGAAACAAGGAACACCUACGCAUCAUCCGCCCAUUAUGAGCGUGAAUGAUGACGCGUUGACGAAUGACGCGAUGAUGAAUAUGUCGCAAAAUAAUAUCAUUGAUCAGAAUCUAUUGAUACUUUUGGAAGAUGAACUGACAUUCAAGGAGAAUAAGACUAAAACAAAGACUGUUCAUCAGGUCCAUGAUGAUAGUCAGCCAAUAUACUUUAGGAACGUGGUGUUCGGUCCAGAAGUUCUCAUCAGGUUGGAUUAUCACGGAAAACGCAUGGAUUUCACUCAUGGACCAUUGGCAGGUCUGCUAAUGGGCUUGGCGGAAUUGAACUGUUCCGAGUUAAGACUGAAAAGAUUGUCAUAUAGACAUGGAUUGUUGGGUUAUGAUAAACUUCUCACAUAUUUGGUUUCGGAAUGGUUGCAAGAUAUCAAAAAGAAUCAACUCCCGAGUUUACUUGGUGGCGUAGGCCCGAUGUAUUCUGUGGUACAGUUGUUUCAAGGGAUACGCGAUCUAUUUUGGUUACCAAUCGAACAGUAUCAAAAAGAUGGGAGAAUAGUUCGUGGUUUACAGCGCGGAGCAAACAGUUUUACAACAUGUACUGCGAUGGCUGCAUUAGAAUUGACAUGUAGAAUCGUACAGGCAUUACAGACCACAGCCGAGACUGCGUACGAUAUAGUUAGCCCUGGUCCCAGUGUGAGAUGCAAAAACAAAGGGCAGAAGGGUCGUCGAAAGAGAUACAGUCAGCCACUAGAUAUCCGAGAAGGGGUGGCUAAUGCCUACACAUUAGUCAAAGAAGGCUUAGGCGAGACUGCGACUCAAUUAGUUCGCGUGGCAAGUGAGGAACAUGAGCACAAGGGCACCGUUGGCGCGGUCGGCGGUGUAUUGCGGCAGAUUCCCCCAACAGUCGUGAAACCGAUUAUCCUGGCCACGGAGGCGACCAGCAAUGUGUUGGGCGGCAUGCGAUCAUCGUUGGUGCCCGAUGCGCGUCGAGAGGCGGUACAGAAGUGGCGACAAGAUUCCGAUACGAGUUAAUCCCGAGUCUGCGGGAAAUGGGAAAAAUUCAUCAUCUAAAUCAUUUUCGGAUUGCCAGUCAAUUUCGCUCAAACAACGCUUUUCAACCAUGGCCGGUCAGGCUGAGCCACUUUUUAUUGUAACAUAUUCAUGACAUAUACGCGUACGGAAAGAGAAUACUAAAUAGGAUAAGAGUGCCAUACGUUCGCGUCACGUUUGGCGAUAUUGUGAUUAUAUAACAAUUAUUCUCACUAGAUCUGUGCGAGUUAUUCUCGCUUGAUCUGUGCCUCGAUUAGGCCUCGAAGGAUCGGCAACGAGCGCGAGAAGAUGAUGGAUCUAAAGAAUGUGGAUCGCCGAUGAGAUGAGAGAUCUCAGACGAGAAGAACCGUCGUUGGGUCCUAAUUAUAAGUGCUAUACAUUGUUAACGUAGUCAUAUCAGUUUCAUUGAUUUUUUUGUACAUCACGAAGAGUGCGACGCAUCUGACAGAUUAUCUAAUAAUAAAUCACUUAGUUAAGAGUUGCCGCUAAUUUCGUUACAAAUGUACAAAAUACUUGUUACACUUAUAGAAUGUAAAGAUAGCUGCGCUCUAUCGCGAAGGAAUAUAUUACACUGUGCUUCUAUAUUCCUUCUCUAUACAUAUAUAUUUUUUUUUGUUUUGAUCAUGUGAAUGUUUUAUACCAAUGAUAUGUGUAUCCGAAGACUUUUAUUAAUAAAAUUAUUAUACACAAUUAAAAAA